AGUCUCACAGACUGUCUUGCUCAAGCUGGCUUUGCACGGUGAUCCUUAGAUCUCGACCUUCAGAGUUGCUAGGGUUACAGGCUUGAACUGCCAGUGUCUAGCUCAGAACCAGAACCCUUGUUUUAACCUGUUAGGUCACUGUAAGUAGGCAGUACACCUUGCAAACGGCUCCCUAGCACUCCUGGAGGACUUGUUCAGAAAGUAUGGCCUAAGAUUUUCAGUGUUGGAUAGAGAAGUUGCCAUGGUACUGAGGAGUGAGAUGUCUCAAAGCUUGGGGAGUUGGGGGUGAGUGCUUAAUGCCUACUAACUAUGUAAAGUUGCAAAGGUGCACCGCACUCCUCCAAAGAUUCGUGUUUGAACCCUGAAAUCAUUCCUCCCAAUUCCUUUAUCCUUUGCUCAGUCGCUUGGCGAGAAAACAAGUGUGUGCACGUGGGUGGGAUUUUCUUUUGUUGGGGGGGGGGAGGGAGUCAUAUGGACCAACAGAUCGUCAUCCUGGAAUUUGUGCCACAGCGUUUCAGUGAAGUUUUUUGAGUUCUUGAUGUUAAGAUGGUAAAUGCGCAUCAGCCUGCUGGCGACCUCUAGUGGCGGCUUGUGAGCUCCACAGCCCGAGACACAACCGUUCACCCCCUCCUCUGUCCCCCGCCCCCCUCCCGGGUCCAAGUCUGCCGGAAUCAAGUUCAGCCUCUCCCUCUGCGGGAGCUGUCGGAGGCCGAGUCGGAGAAAUGCCCCUCUGUUUCGGGUUGGAAAAGAAUCUGGGGACGUGUUUGAAGCGCGGUCAAGUUUGACUCAUCGCUUUCCAAGGACAGUUAGUGCCUUCCAUCUUCAUUAACGUGAAUAAAGACCUUGGCUGACUUCUGUCCAGAUCGAAUUUUAAACGGCAUUGUUUGCUUGUGGAGAUCAUGCUUCCCGCCCCUCCCUCUUCAAUCUUCUUUUUUUCCCUUGCAAAGGCGGAGCUCUGUCCAGUCAGGAUGGCCAGGAGAUCUCUGUCCAGGGUCGUGGUUUGCUGGUAUUAACUGCAGGCCUUCUGGAAGGCGAUUUUCAACUGGGUGAAUGGGGGGGGGGGGGAGAGGGAGGGAGCGUUCUUUUUGCUGCCCAUCUUCAGAUCUUGCUGAUAAAACACAUCCCUUCAUUUUAUUGCAUUUCCUAGAAGCUUGUAGGCUUGCAAGUGCGCUGAGGCAGGAAACGUGAUCGAAAUUCAAGUCAGGACAUUAAGUCCCCGAACACCUUGGCUCCCCAAAGUGGCUCAUCAAGACCCUUGUGCUAUCAAACGUGCUUUUAUCUACUGUCACCUCUUCUGCCUUCCCUGGGUACCCUAGCCAGGAGCACAAGGUGUCCUUCAUUCGCCUUAGAACAAAAGCAACCCAACAGCUUGACCCUACCCCCUACUGCCAAGACUUGGGCGACUACUGCAGCUGCCGGUUGGCUGAGAUGCUGCUGCAAACCUCCACUAGGAGCCCUGAUGGGCGUUUCACUGCAGCAGCUCUAACCUUAUUAAAAUUCCUUGUCUCUGUCCCCAAACAGUGCUUUGCACUUUCAAAAUUCCCCCUUGGAUUUUUCAGCGAGUUAUUGGAGUUAUUAGUUUACCAAUAAUCCAACAACCGGCCUGGAUAGAAAGCAGGGGGAAAGAAGGAGCCAGCACUCUUUAAAUCAAGACUCUGGACAAACUAGGUCAAUGAAAGGGAGACGCAGGCCAGGAAAGGCUUGUCUUUUCAAGACUUGAUGGAGGGCUCUCUCUAGUGUUAGGCAGGGGUAAAGACAUGAUUGGGGAACCACGGGACCCCUCAUUUCCAAUAAAAGCCAAAUUUAACGCCGUAGAUUCUCGUUCUUAUCUCAUCCUAGCCUUUUCGUUUCUCCCCUCCCCUUUUCCCUUUUAGCCUCUGGGCACAAGGAUGAGACAGACACAACACAGAUCUUGAGGUCUCAGUGUCCUGUCUUUUGAGGACCAACCCUGAUUCUGUCUCCACCUCAGAAGGGAUGCGCCGGCACAAUGUGACGCCAUCCCCUAAUUUGGGGACUGGGCUGAGGCCCUAGAGCCUGCAAACUCCCUGAAAGCCUCUCCUGGAGUGGCUGUGGAGAUCAAUUAGGAGGCUGAACCCAGGGGUUUUAAUUCCUGGGACCGACGAGGCAAGUUUGGAGUGUUCCUGCCAGCCAGCAGACUGGAGUGCGCGCCCGCCGGGGCCUCUGCGUACUGUGAACCAUAUUUCUAGGAUAUCGGGGAAAUAGGAUUCAGAAAUCCCGAAACCUAGCCAGGAUCGGCCUGGUAGAUCCCAAACCGUAGACUUUCUGGCCGACAUAGGCGGACGGGAGUUUUAUAUGAAUUUUUCUCCACCUCAUCCGGGUAUCCCAGGAUGGAGACCCUUUUGAACUCUAGGUAACUCCAUCUUUUAAACUGUAGCGCCUCUUCUAAACAUCCCCUUUCCAGAAGCAGGGAAAGAGAGGAGGCAAGCACCAAGAGAGAAACAGGACGCAGCUGCAAACUGCAGAAUUGGGCAACUUAAGUCUAGACAGGAGCCUCUGAUUGGAUCCAAACUCCGGCGUUCCGUCCCCGGUUGGUCUAUGAACUUGUCUGACUUUCCCUACUUGUAAAUUGUGCCGGGGAGGGGUAGGAUUAGAUGAACCCAGAGCCCAGAAACCGGAGCCGACUGGGGAUUUAGGGGAAAGGGGUAGUUAUUCCCUUGGAGUCUUCCCUCCUCCCUCCCGCACCCCCCGCCCCUGGGUGAAUCCCGGCGCCGGGCGCUGCGAUCCUGGCGGCCUUCUGGGACCCGCAGCUUCCUGGAAAGUUACUUCUGGUUGGAGCCGGGCAAUGGGCAGAGUGUUCUGUGAAAUCCACUGAGCGGAGAUCGACUAGGUUCCGGGAAUGAGAGGGCUGUGCCAUUCCCCUCAGUACCCCCUGCCUUGAAGGCUUAACAGGAAAAAAGAAAGGCACAUGCACAAUGGUAGCUACCAAGGUGCAUGAAAACUUUGAUUUGGAGGUUACUAAGUUAAACGCCGCCAGGGUCCUACCACUCGUCUUCCACCGCGCCUUUCCGGGCUUGGAGGCGAAUGGGCAGCCUCCCCACCCGCGCCGGCCGAUCGCCUGGGGGUGGGCGGUCCUUGGAAGACAGGUUUUAAGCAAAAUUUUGGACUGUGAAGCAAGGCCUUGGGUAAGUGGAUGGAAUUCUAUGCUUUAUACUUUUGUGGACAAAUAGUUUCUUUUUAAUUUUGCAAAUGCAUGCUUUUUGGUGAGCUUUGCAUUGGAUGAGACAAAGGAAAAAUCUUGCCACUAGCUCUUACUCCUACAGUUAGACUUCAUUCACACUGUUGCAUGGUGAUUCCUUCUUUUCUUAUUCCUUUAUCCCAGAGAAGGUAGCCACUUGCUAUGCCCUGACAAUGGCUCAGUGCAUUUCGACUUCUUUUCUUCAGGUGAAGACAAAAUGGCUUCCCCAGCUGACAGCUGUAUACAGUUCACCCGCCAUGCCAGUGAUGUCCUUCUGAACCUUAAUCGCCUCCGGAGUCGUGACAUCUUGACAGAUGUUGUCAUUGUGGUUAGCCGUGAGCAGUUCAGAGCCCAUAAGACAGUUCUCAUGGCCUGCAGUGGCCUAUUCUACAGCAUCUUCACAGACCAGUUGAAAUGUAACCUCAGCGUGAUCAAUCUGGAUCCUGAAAUCAACCCUGAAGGGUUCUGUAUCCUCUUGGACUUCAUGUACACAUCUCGGCUCAAUCUGCGAGAAGGCAACAUCAUGGCUGUGAUGGCCACAGCUAUGUAUCUGCAGAUGGAGCACGUUGUGGACACAUGCCGGAAGUUCAUCAAAGCUAGUGAAGCAGAGAUGGUUCCUACCAUGAAGCCUCCUCGGGAAGACUUCCUCAACAGCCGGAUGCUGAUGCCCCAAGACAUCAUGGCCUAUAGGGGGCGGGAGGUGGUAGAGACCAGCCUACCAUUAAGAAAUACCCCUGGGUGUGAGAGCAGAGCCUUUGCCCCCAGCCUGUACAGUGGUCUGUCCACACCGCCAGCCUCUUAUCCCAUGUACAGCCACCUCCCAGUUAAUGGCUUCCUCUUCCCUGAUGAAGAGCUUCGAGAUGCCCGGAUGCCUGUGGCCAACCCUUUUCCCAAGGAACGGGCCCUUUCCUGUGAUAGUGCCAGGCCAGUCCAUGGUGAGUACAGCCGGCCGGCCAUGGAGAUGCCACCCAGUGUGUGCCACAGUAACAUCUACUCACCCAAGGAUGCAGUCCCAGAUGAAGCACGGAGCGACAUGCACUACAGUGUGGCAGAGGGCCCCAAGCCUGCUGCCCCUUCAGCUAGAAAUGCCCCUUACUUCCCUUGUGACAAGACCAGCAAAGAAGAAGAGAGACCCUCUUCAGAGGAUGAGAUUGCCUUGCACUUUGAGCCCCCUAAUGCGCCCUUGAACCGGAAGGGUCUGGUCAGUCCACAGAGUCCCCAGAAAUCUGACUGCCAGCCCAACUCACCCACAGAGUCCUGCAGCAGCAAGAACGCCUGCAUCCUUCAGGCUUCUGGUUCCCCUCCAGCUAAGAGCCCCACGGAUCCCAAAGCUUGCAACUGGAAGAAAUACAAGUUCAUCGUGCUCAACAACCUCAACCAGAAUGCCAAACCAGAGGGACCAGAGCAGGCUGAGCUAAGCCGCCUCUCCCCCAGGGCCUACCCAGCCCCACCUGCCUGCCAGCCACCCAUGGAGCCUGAGAACCUUGAUCUCCAAUCCCCAACCAAGCUCAGUGCCAGUGGGGAAGACUCUACCAUCCCCCAAGCCAGCCGGCUCAAUAACCUCGUUAAUAGGUCCCUGACGGGCUCACCCCGCAGCAGCAGUGAGAGCCACUCACCACUCUACAUGCACCCCCCGAAGUGCACGUCCUGCGGUUCUCAGUCCCCACAGCAUGCAGAGAUGUGCCUGCAUACAGCGGGCCCCACGUUCCCUGAGGAGAUGGGAGAGACUCAGUCUGAGUACUCCGAUUCCAGCUGUGAGAAUGGGGCCUUCUUCUGCAAUGAGUGUGACUGCCGCUUCUCUGAGGAGGCUUCGCUCAAGAGGCACACGCUGCAGACUCACAGUGACAAACCCUACAAGUGUGACCGCUGCCAGGCCUCCUUCCGCUACAAGGGCAACCUUGCCAGCCACAAGACCGUCCACACAGGUGAGAAACCCUACCGUUGCAACAUCUGUGGGGCCCAGUUCAACCGGCCAGCCAACCUGAAAACCCACACAAGAAUCCACUCUGGAGAAAAGCCCUACAAAUGCGAAACUUGUGGAGCCAGAUUUGUACAGGUGGCCCACCUCCGUGCCCACGUGCUUAUUCACACUGGAGAGAAGCCUUACCCUUGUGAAAUCUGUGGCACCCGCUUUCGGCACCUUCAGACUCUGAAGAGCCACCUGCGCAUCCACACAGGAGAGAAACCUUACCAUUGUGAGAAAUGUAACCUGCAUUUUCGUCACAAAAGCCAACUGAGACUUCAUUUGCGCCAGAAGCAUGGCGCCAUCACCAAUACCAAGGUGCAAUACCGUGUGGCCACCGCUGAGCUGCCUCCGGAGCUCCCCAAAGCCUGCUGAAGAAGCAUGGAGUGCCGAUGCUUUCCUCUCCAGCCCCUUCUCAGAAUCGACCCAAAGGAUACUGUUAACACUUUACAACCUUCAUCCCAUGAUGUAGUGCCUCUCUCAUCCACUAGUGCAAAUCAUAGCUGGGGGGGCGGGGGGGGGGCGGGGGACGGAGCCCGGGGAAAAGGGGAGCACAGCCACUCCCCUUGCCCCACCGCCAUUCAAACAUUAAGAAAAUACUAUUGCUUCUUCUCCUGUGUGUACAAGCAAACUACGUCAGCAAAAAAAGCAAAAUCAUUUCAUAGAUCACAGUGGGGGGGUAUGCAAACACCCUGACAUGCCUCAGUCUGAGAAAUGAGGAAUGUAUAUGUUUUGUGGGAACAAAUGUUUCUUUUUUUGUAUGUAAAUGUGCUAUUCUUUUCAAAGACAAGACUUUGGUAUGUUAUCCAAGAGAGGGCUUUAAUUUUUUUAACCAAAGGUGAAGGAAUAUAUGGCAGAAUUGUAAAUAUAUAAAUAUAUAUAAAUAUAUAUAUAAUAUAAAUAUAUAAACCUAAAAAAGAUAUAUUAAAAAUAUAAAUUGCGUCAAAGGCUCGAUUUUGUAUCUGCAGGCAGACACGGAUCUGAGAAUCUUUAUUGAGAAAGAGCACUUAAGAGAAUAUUUUAAGUAUUGCAUCUGUAUAAGUAAGAAAAUAUUUUGUCUAAGAUGCCUCUGUAUUUGUAUUUUUUUUUGCAAGUGAAGGUUUACAAUUUACAAAGUGUGUAUUAAAAAAUGCAAAAAGAACAAAAAAACUGCAGAAGGAAAACGUGUAAUUUUGUUCUAGUUUUUAGUUUGUAUAUACAACGUGUCUUCACGGUGCCUUUUUUCACGAAGUUUUCAAUGAUGGACGAGUGUGCGCCAUCCCUUUUUGAAGCGUAGGCAGACACAAGGACUUGAAGUUGUCACUAACUCAACUCUCUUUGAGAAUGUUUGUCUCAUCCCAUUCUGCGUCAUGCUUGUGUUAUAACUACUCCGGAGACAGGGUUUGGCUGUGUCUAAACUGCAUUACUGCAUUGUAAAAUAUAGCUGUACAAAUAGAAGAAUAAAACAUUGAAAAGUCAAGCCA